UCAUUGACAAGUAAUGUCCGACCAUUCAGUAAAAACAUUGGAGGUUUCGUUGAGAUUUUACUAGUAAUGCAUCGCUGUUGUGUGUAUUUCUUUACCUAUAAGCUGUCUACUUAGAAGGAUUUAAUUGGGCUAAAUGGAGGAAGAAAGCACAUUAAAGCCCUUAAUCAAAGCAGUUCAACAUGGAGAGCUGUGCACAAUCCGACAGCAGCUCAAUGAGCACGUCAACAAGCAGGCUGUCAUCUAUACUCAUGUUGGGAAAUCUGGAGAUACUUUAAUGCACUAUGCUGCCAGACAUGGACACAUGGACAUUUUGCGUUAUUUAGUAGAGGAGCUCAACAUGGACAUUGAGGUUUAUAACAACGACUACAAGAGAGCUCUGCAUGAGGCUUCUUCCAUGAGUCAUUAUGAGUGUGUGCGGUACCUCAUUGCCAGGGGAGCGAAAAUAGACAGUUUGAAGAAAGCAGACUGGACCCCUCUGAUGAUGGCCUGUACCCGUCGAAACCUUGAUGUCAUUUUGGAGCUGCUGAAUCACGGUGCUGACCCAGUGCUGCAGAACAAGGAUGGAUGGAACUCAUUCCACAUUGCAUGCAGAGAAGGAGAUCCAGCCAUCAUACGCCACCUCCUACUGGCCAAACCCGAGGUCUGGAAGACAAAGAGCAAGACUGGCAGAACGCCCCUCCACACUGCUGCUAUGCAUGGCUGUGAGGAUGCAGUGAAGAUUUUGCUUCAAAGUUGUAGCUAUGAGCCAGAUGGGAAGGACAGUUGUGGAGUCACACCAUUUAUGGAUGCCAUAAGGAAUGGACACAUAGCUAUUGCUAAACUCCUUCUUGAGAAUCACCAGGCAUCUCCCUCCGCUGUAGAUAUUCUCGGUGCACAGCCCCUACACCAGGCCUCUGUAACUGCUCAGGAAGAAGCACUUUCUUUCCUUGUGCAUAAUCUUGGUAUCGAUAUAAACUCAAGAGCCACAAAACUGGAGCUGACUGCAUUACACUAUGCUGCAAAGGAAGGUCACACAAGCACAAUAAAAUCACUGCUUGCUCUGGGCGCUGAUCUACAUGCAAGAGACACAAAAGGAAGAUCAGCUCUACAUAUGGGAUGCAUCGGGCAGCAUGUGGACACCGUUAGGAUGCUGCUGCAAUUGGGACUCACAGAUACCGAAGACAAUACUGGCAAUACAGCAAGACAGUAUGCCAAAAAACCUCAGAUUAAAGAAGUGUUUGUGUCUGUGUCAAAUGAAUAAAACAAUGCUUUGAAUGAACAUUAAGCAAAAGUGGAGGCACAAAGUAACUAAAUAAAUGCUUUUAUGAAAGUCAUGUGGUAUAACUA